GUUUGGAGGAAGAAGGAGCCGCGAUGGAGCCCCAGAAGAAGCUGCUGAACUCCCCCGACUCCUGCGUGGACCAGGCCCUGCUGGGUCUGGUCCGGUCCAACCCGGGUCUCUGCCUGCUCCGGGGGCACAGGGUCGUGGUGCGUUCGGAUGUCCACGGUCUGCGAGGGAAAGUGGGGCUUCUGUCCGGAGGGGGGUCCGGGCACGAGCCGGCUCACGGAGGUUUCGUGGGAGCGGGGAUGCUGUCUGCGGCGGUGGCCGGAGGAGUGUUCGCCUCUCCUCCUCCGGCGGCCAUCUUGGCUGCCGUCCUCUCUCUGCACCGCGCAGGCUGCUCGGGGGUGCUCCUCAUCGUGAAGAACUACACCGGAGACAGGCUGAACUUUGGCCUGGCGCUGGAGCAGGCGCUGGUCCUGGGGGUCCGGGCCCAGAUGGUGAUCGUGGCCGACGACUGUGCCUUUGAGAGGGCCACUAAAGCCGGGCCGCGAGGGCUUUGUGGGACGCUGUUCAUUCACAAGCUGGCUGGAUCUUUGGCAGAAGAGGGAAAGUCGUUGGACGAAAUAGUUUCCACAGUGAACGAGGCUCAGAAGGAAAUCGGGACUCUGGGCGUGGGCCUGUCCCCCUGCAGUGUGCCUGGAUGUGGGCCGACGUUCGAGCUGCCGCCGGGGCACAUGGAGCUGGGUCUGGGGAUCCACGGUGAACCUGGCAUUAAAAGGUCAAAGAUCACUAGUGCGGACGAAGUGGUGACAACAAUGAUCGAUCACAUGACCAAUCCUGACAGCCAAUCACAUCUGCCGCUCAAGUCAGGUGACCUGGUGAUCGUGUGUGUGAAUAAUCUCGGGGCUCUGUCCUGUCUGGAGCUGGCAGUGGUCACUCGAGCGGCCAUUUUGUGUUUGGAGAGUCGUGGCGUGACCGUGGCCAGGGUCAUGUCGGGGUCGUUCAUGACGUCGUUGGAAAUGGGCGGAGUUUCUUUGACAUUAAUGAAAACAAACGCAGAAAGACUCAGACUCUUCGAUGCAAAAACCAGCGCCCCCGCCUGGCCAAACCUCAGUACUGCACCUGUGAGUGGACGCGAGUUCUCCAUGGAUCCCCCUCCUCUCGGCCUGAGACCCCAGGACGAGGCGUCUUCAGAAGGGCCCCUGAGUCCGGUCCUGGGUCGAGUCCUGGACCGCGUCUGUUCUGGUCUUCUUCAGAUCCAAGAUGAGCUGAACCGUUUGGACCGAGCCUCAGGAGACGGAGACUGUGGCAACACUCACGCUCAGGCGGCACGAGCCAUCCAGGAGUGGCGCUGUGGUCACGUGACCCCUGGUUGCCCCGGGCGACUGCUGCAGAUCAUUGCGUCUCUACUCCAGGAGAAAAUGGGCGGGUCAUCGGGAGCGAUGUACAGCCUGUUCCUGACCGCGGCGGCGGGUCAUGUGACUCAGGAGAAGAGUCAACCAGGCGACUGGGCCAGAGCAGUGCAUGCUGGGACACAGGCCAUGAGGAGAUACGGCGGCGCAGACCCUGGAGACAGGACGAUGUUGGACGCUCUGUGCCCUGCAGCAGAUGAACUGAUGAAGCUCACCACAGCGCCCCCUGUUGGACAUAUGGGAAUACUACAGGCAGCAGUGGAGAAAUCAUCGCUGGGGGCGGAGUCGACCUCGGACCUCACAGCCAAAGCGGGGCGAGCGAGCUACAUCAGCAGUGAGAGAGUGAACGAGCCGGACCCUGGCGCCGUGGCGGUGGCGGCCAUCUUGAAAGCCAUUCUUCAAGCAUUAGAACAGUAAACCUUUUACAGCAACUUCACAAACCUGGGGUGAUGUGCAGUAGAUUCAUUAUGUGCUGUGGCAGCGCUCUGAUGGGGGAGUGACUUAGCACAGGGAACAAGUGGAGGAGCGUCAAAUUUAAGUUAAAGUAAUUUUUUUUUGUGAGGAAAUGGCAUUUUCAGAGCAAGUUAAACAGACGAAAAAGCACUUUACAUUUUGAUUUAUUUUCCCACUUUAUAGAUUGAAAUUUGUCUAUUUGAUUAUAUUUCACUAUAUAAAAAUUGUAAGUAUUGAUUCAUAUUUUGACUGUUCUACCUGCACUGAAUCCACAGCUGAUGAUUCUUCAGACUAAGUCUUGAAUUUUAACAUGUAACACUUUUCAAAAUAUGAGCCAUAUAGAAAAGAUUAAAACAAGAACGUUCUAUUGAC